GGGGUUUGAGGUGAUGGGGGUUGGGUAGGUUACAUAUUUUGCUACAAAGUCUGAUGAUUCUGAUAUGUUGUUUUUUUCUUUCAUUUGCAGCUAAUGAACUUAUUCUUCUCUUGUGACAGAAGAGCCCCGGGACACAAGUAUGAAGCUGCUGUCUUUCAUUUGGGUCCUUGGACUUUUCAUGCUCCCACAGUCUUCAGGAUCUACAGAUGUCUGUAAGCACACGGGAUCCUGCAAUGAGUGCAUCUUGUCCAGUCCCAGCUGUUCCUGGUGCAACUCCAAGAACUUUACAAAAAGUGGAGAAUCGGAAGGCUUGCGAUGUGCAGUGCGUGCAGAGCUGCUACACCGAGGGUGUGACGAAGAUCACAUUAUAGAUCCCCGUGGGUCAGUUAAUGUCCUGCAAGGCCAACCACUGAGUAAAAGUGCUGACCAAAAGACUGUCAUUCAACUGCACCCACAGGCAAUAAAUGUGAAACUGCGGCCUGGGGAACAAAAGAAGUUUCGGGUUCAGUUCAAGCGCGCAGAGGGUUACCCCAUUGACCUGUACUACCUGAUGGAUCUCUCGUACUCCAUGAAGGAUGAUUUAGAGAAUGUGAAGAAGCUGGGCAGUGACAUUCAGAAAGCUCUGCAUAAAGUUACAAAAUCUGUUCAUAUUGGUUUUGGCUCUUUCGUGGACAAAACAGUGUUGCCCUUUGUGAGUACCGUGAAAUCAAAGCUGGAGAAUCCAUGCCCACACAGAGGAGAGAGAUGCCAACCGCCCUUCAGCUACCGCCAUGUCCUGUCUCUCACCUCAAACCUCACACUGUUCCAGAUGCGGGUCAGUGCAGAGAACAUCUCGGGGAACUUGGACGCGCCUGAAGGUGGACUGGACGCCAUGCUGCAAGCGGCGGUGUGCACUGAUCUCAUUGGCUGGAGGAAUGUGACCCGUCUCUUGGUAUUUGCAUCUGAUGAUGUAUUUCACACUGCAGGAGAUGGAAAAUUAGCCGGGAUUUACUUACCUGCAGAUGGACACUGUCAUUUAAACAGUAAUUCUGAGUACUACCAGAGCAAUAUGUAUGAUUAUCCCUCGGUGGGGCAUCUUGCCCAGAUCCUCACAGCAGCCAACAUUCAGCCGAUCUUUGCAGUCACAAGCAGUGUUGUCUCUACUUACCAGGCGCUAAGUGAUCUCAUUCCAAAGUCAGCAGUAGGGGAACUAAAGGAAGAUUCCAGCAAUGUGGUCAAUUUGAUUUCUGAAGCUUAUAAUAACUUAUCUUCCACAAUCAACCUAGAACAUGUGAACCUUCCCAAAGGCAUCCACAUCUCGUAUGAUUCCCAUUGUUCUAACUCUUCCACAAUGGGAAAGACUCAGGCUCAGUGCUCCGGAGUUAAAAUUAACCAGGCGGUCAGUUUUGACGUAACUCUAUGGAUGGACAAGACGAUGUGCCCGGGGGGGAAGCAGAGUUUUCAGCUGAGGGUGCUGGGCUUCAGUGAGGAGCUUAAGGUGGAUGUGGAGCCUCUGUGUGCCUGUGCCUGUGAAGAUGAAGAGAUAUCUUCUGAUUACUGCGGUGGGGUUCUUGGCAAUUACAGCUGUGGCAUCUGCAGUUGCCAGAAAGGUCACAGUGGGAAGCAGUGUGACUGUCCUUUGGAAAAGCACAACAAUGACAAAGCAUGCUGGGAUAGAGGCCCCCUGCCUUGCAAUGGGCACGGGAGGUGCGAGUGUGGACGAUGCGCCUGUGACAUUUACUUUCGGGGAGAUCUGUGCCAAUGUGAUGAUACCAGCUGUGAAAGAUAUGAAGGGCAGCUGUGUGGAGGCAUCACCAGGGGGGUCUGUAACUGUGGCACAUGCAACUGCACUGAUGGCUACAAAGGAAGCGAUUGUGGCUGCAGUAAGAAUACAAGUGGCUGCAUAAUAAAUGGUACCGAGUGCAGCGAACAUGGGCACUGUGAGUGCAACAAGUGCAAGUGCAACCCAGGAUACUAUAAUAAGUGGUGCAGUGAAUGUCCCGAAUGCCAAACUAUAUGCAAGGAACUCACGAACUGUGCGGAAUGCAAGGCGUUUGGAAAAGGCACCCUGAAAAACAACUGCAGCUCCUCCUGUCCCAAUGUCAAUGUCACCCUGGCCAAAGCUCCUUUGUCGAUAGACAAUGAAAAACUGUGCAAGGAAAAAGGAGAAGACUUCAUUACAUUCCUUGUGAGGGAAGAGGGUGGAUUCUAUCAAAUAACAGUGGAAGAAAAGCAAGAAGCAGCUAAUGUAACAAAGCAUCUCAUCCUUGGCCUGACUCUUGGUAUCGCCUUAAUCGGCCUCAUCAUUAUUGUCACUUUGCGUAUUACUGUGGAAAUCUAUGACAGACAGGAGUACAAACGCUUUCAGAAAGAGCAAAGUAACGCACAAUGGAACGAGUUAAAUAAUCCUCUGUAUAAAAGUGCUACGACAACUGUGAAGAAUCCGAAUUUCAUUGAGUGAUGAGCAAGAAAUCUCUUAUCUGCACUGUCAGGUCUCCAAACAUUGUUUCCUUUCACCAUACAGAAAACCUGGGGAAUUGUGCCGAGGCCUCAUAUUGAUUUCUCAGUAACUGCAGUUGAGAAGUACCCACAAUGCAUCUCAGAUAUGUUAUUUAUUAUGUGUAUUGCACUUGCUAACUAUAGGAAAAUGAAAAGGAGCUGUAUUUUAAAAGGAUAAUUAGCCCUUGGGUAUUUGAGGUGUUUUAUAUUUCUUAUUUUCUUUCUAUUUCUAGUUUUGGAUAUAAAAAGCUCUGUAUAAAACUGCCACCAUAUUAGACAAUUCUUCAGUAAUAAUUUAUAAAGAGACAAUUGGUGCAUAUAAACCGAAUUCUGUGAUAUAUAAGGGGUAUCGGAACAAAUCAAACACCCUGGAGAGACAGAUUGAAUAUGGUGCCAGUUCUAUUCCACCUGAUGUCAGAAUGGCAGAGAUCUAGGGAAAGAUUUGGUGGCCAGGUAACGUUUCACAGGCAACAUGUUUAUGGCUGUGGGCUCUGCACCAAUGGCAAGUGGGUGUUUUUUAGUGUUGAUGGAGGGAAGUCAUACUGAUAAGGCAACAUCAAAAUGUAGGGAAUAGUGUCUGAGCUAACAUUGGAGUCAGAUGUAGAAAGCUCUGCAGUGAAACACUUCACUAAACAGAUCCAUAAUCCCAAGAAAGAAAGGUGAGUAUUUGGGAGCAAGCCUGUCUCAUGCCCAACCCCACCUACAUUCUGAAAAGGGGCUGCCUGAAAAACAGAUGCGCACAGGAGUAAAGGAGACCCCAAAAGUAUUACACAUGGAGAACGUUCUGCCCUGAAAAUGUUGCAAUUGACGUUAAUUUUGUAAAGAAAAACUUAAAAGGUCUCUUUUUCUUCUGAGUUGGGGUGUCCUCGGCAACAGUAAAGUACACUUUUCAACCGGUGAUGACACCUCCCAACCGCCCCGUUUUUCCCGGGACAGUCCGGAUUUUGACAGCUCAGCCCGCGGUCCCGGGGUUGUUACUGAAAACUGAUUUGGGGAGACUCUUCUUCGGGCAACUUAUCUCCCCACCGGCUAGAAUCUAAAUCACUGGUGGGAUGGCAAUUGGAUCACUUCCGAUCGUUUUCUGAA